UAACAUUGAUAUGCCUUACUGGGCAGAUAUCUGGGCAGAUGUCUGGGCGGCUGCUUUCUAGCCUCAACGCACCCGCAGUUCGGUUGUUGCGGACUCCGUUGCCCGACCAUGAAGAAAAUUUCUGCAAAUUGAUGGCAGGACCUUGGUUCCCUCAGGCACCUCGGAUCAAGCGUGUCCAGCGCACCGAGGCACUGCCGAUGCCAGCUAGCCCCAAAGAGGCUUAGCGGUCUUACCCGGACGACCCUGAUUCGGGAUGGCAGUGACGACAUGAUACGGGGCCAAACGGGUAAUACGAGUACGGGGAUCCAGUCAGGCCCCGUAAGCCGUACCCGCCGCCGUCCGUCGCCCCGUCGCUCUCGGGCUGAUCCAAGCACCUGCAAAAUCCUCAUAUUCCAUUGUUUCCUUCACCUCUUCUUCUCUUCUUCUUUUUUUCUUUCCUCCAGUUCCUCCGCCUCAACCUCAACCUCAACCUCAACCUCAACCUCCUCCUUCCUCCAUCCCCCCGGCCCUCCGGCUCCGUGGCCAUCUGCGCCCCCUCGCGACCUCUCCUCGUUCUUGGUUUCCUCUCGCGCCCUUACUGUCCUGUCCGCCUUGCGUCAGAGAGACCCUUGCAACGUGACCCCCCCGAAUAUCCUCGUUUGGCCGCUGGAGACCGGAGCCUGCGCUUCCACUUCAUUACUGGAUCCCCAAUCUGGUAUUUCUCCGCCUUGCAACACACCUGCCGGCUUGAGCCAGCCAGCGAUCGAAACGUUUUGUUCCAGACGCCGCCCCUUUCACGGCCUGUCACGUUGACGCCCAGAAUCCCCCUUUCCGCCGACUCCGCCUGGCGUUUUCUUUGACUUCCUCGACCCCAUUCUGGCGACAAUUCUUCCC